AUGCUGAACGGUCCGCCUUGGCGGCUGCUACUGCUACUCUGGUCGUGGGGCCCGCUGCUCCGGAGGGCGGAGACAGGCUCUGUGGGGCAGACGGCGGGGGAGCUGUACCAGCGCUGGGAACGGUACCGUAGAGAGUGUCAGGACGCCCUGGAGGCCAUGGACCCCCCAGCAGGCCUCGCCUGUAACGGGUCCUUCGAUAUGUACGUCUGCUGGGACUACGCUGCACCCAACGCCACCGCCCGUGCGUCCUGCCCCUGGUACCUGCCCUGGCACCGCCACGUGGCUGCAGGCUUUGUCCUCCGCCAUUGUGGCAGUGAUGGUCAAUGGGGACCUUGGAGGGACCACUCUCAGUGUGAGAACCCAGAGAAGAAUGGGGCCUUUCAGGAUCAACGGCUGAUUCUGGAGCGGCUGCAAGUCAUGUACACCGUGGGCUACUCCGUGUCCCUGGCCGCACUGCUGCUAGCCUUGGUCAUCUUGGGUUUCUUCAGGCGGCUGCGCUGCACUCGAAACUACAUCCACAUCAACCUGUUCGCGUCUUUCAUGCUGCGGGCCGCCGCCAUCCUCACCCGAGACCGUUUGCUACCUCCCGCUGGCCCCUACCCUGGGGACCCAGCCCCUGUCCUGUGGAAACCGGCCCUAGCUGCCUGCCGCACGGCCCAGAUCGUGACCCAGUACUGCGUGGGCGCCAACUACACGUGGCUGCUGGUGGAGGGUGUUUACCUACACAGUCUCCUGGUGCUUGUGGGAGGUUCCGAGGGGGGCCACUUCCGCUGCUACCUGCUCCUCGGCUGGGGGGCCCCCGCGCUUUUCGUCAUUCCCUGGGUGAUCGUCAGGUACCUGUACGAGAACACGCAGUGCUGGGAGCGGAACGAAGUCAAGGCCAUUUGGUGGAUCAUACGCACCCCUAUCCUCAUGACUAUCUUGAUAAAUUUUCUCAUCUUUAUCCGCAUUCUUGGCAUCCUUGUGUCCAAACUGAGGACGCGACAGAUGCGCUGCCCCGACUACCGGCUGAGGCUAGCUCGCUCGUCGCUGACGCUGGUGCCCCUGCUGGGCGUCCACGAGGUGGUGUUUGCUCCCGUGACGGAGGAACAGGCCCGGGGUGCCCUGCGCUUCACCAAGCUCAGCUUUGAGAUCUUCCUCAGCUCGUUCCAGGGCCUCCUGGUCAGCGUGCUCUACUGCUUCGUCAACAAGGAGGUGCAGUCGGAGAUCCGCCGCUGCUGGCAUCGCUGUCGCCUGCGCCACAGCCUCGGGGAGGAGCAGCGCCAGCCACCGGAGCGCGCCUCCAGGACCCAGCGCUCGGGCUCAGGCCCCUGCCGAGUCGCCACUGACCGCACCCUAUCCUUGGGGACCCUCCCAGGGCCUGGGAAUGAGGCCAGCCGGGUCUUGGAAAGUUACUGCUAG